AUGUUCUCUUUCUCUUCUUUUAUCCUGAUGUUUCUCUCUUUCUCUCCUUUUCUGUGUUUUUUUUGCUCUUUUAUCCCAAUGUUCUCUUUCUCUUCUUUUAUCCUGAUGUUUCUCUCUUUCUCUCCUUUUCUGUGUUUUUUUGCUCUUUUUUAUCCCAAUGUUCUCUCUCUCUCCUUUUAUCCUGAUGUUCUCUCUCUUUCUCUCCUUUUCUGUGUUUUUUGCUCUUUUUAUCCCAAUGUUCUCUUUCUCUCCUUUUAUCCUGAUGUUCUCUCUCUUUCUCUCCUUUUCUGUGUUUUUUGCUCUUUUUAUCCCAAUGUUCUCUCUCUCUCCUUUUAUCCUGAUGUUCUCUCUCUUUCUCUCCUUUUCUGUGUUUUUUGCUCUUUUUAUCCCAAUGUUCUCUUUCUCUCCUUUUAUCCCGAUGUUCUCUCUCUCUCUCUCUCCUUUCUGUUUUUCAUUUCCCAUUUUGUGUUUCGUUCUUCCUAUAUGAGAAUAAUUUUUAUGAGUGCUUUUUCAUUGUGUGACUUGUUAACUAGUGACUCAAUCAGCAGAAAUAAAGUGAAAAAAUACUGGAAUCUUUUCCUAGCUUUUAGGAAAUCAUUUUUCCUGAGUUGA